AUGAACUCGUCUACUACUUCUUUGCUUUUGCAUCAUAACACCCCUUCUAAUGGGAGGAACUACGACGCUGCCCUCAGCAGUCUGAUGUCGUCUUACGGCUUUGCCGGUGGUGUCGCCGCGAUGCCACAGAAAUCGCACAAAUCAUCGAAAGCUCCUCAACUAUACCCCUCUCACCCACCAUCCUUCGGCUCUUCUGCCAAGAAUUACGAAGCUGCCUUCGGCGGUUUGUCUUCGUCCUUCGGUUUCGGUGGUGGUGUACCGGUGCUACCCCGUAAAUCCUGAAAGAGAUACCCAUGACUUGACAUGACCUCUUGUAGAGAGUCGCGUCAAAGGGGACAGAUGGAGCUACACUUGACAAGAUGGCUUUAGGAUAUAAUUCUUGGCCAACGCACAUUGCAGCCACGCCAGGCCUGGUCGACUCGUACCUGCAUAUUAAUGUUGGGAGUUUGUUGAAGAGGAAAUUAGUAUGCAAACACUUUAUUUCUUACAAUCAAUUCUCAAGUUUCUACUCAAUCGCUACUUCUAAUCUCG